AUGUUGACAUUUGUCGACUUAGUUAAUGUUAUUGAGUACCUUCCUAUUAUAGAAGCACUGAAGUUUCCAACAGUGUCAAAAAAAUGUGAAGCUGCUUGUUUGGGUUCUACAAUAGUCCCACUCACAUGUAAGAGUUAUAGAGAACUUCAACUCUUCAUAACGAAAUUCAGAAAUAUGAAAAUAGUCCGAGCACCGUUUGGAGUCAUUUCAAUGCUCGACGCGGAGGUUUUAAGUCACUUUCAGAGUGUUGAAAUCUCGGACUUUCACUAUAACUCAAAUUACGCGAUUUUAAAGGCGUUGCCCCAUUUUGUAAGAGAGAAGCUGAACGUUGAAAUUCAAAGAGUCGACGAGAACAAAUUGAACAACUUGGAAAAGCUCUUUGUGCACGCGUCGUAUUUUAAACAGAUCAAAAAUGUUCGGUUUCCUCAUUUGAAAUUUUUGAAAUUGGAAGACGUCGACUUGGAGAAUAUUUCACAGCUCAAUGGACUCAACGAGUUUUGUCCGAAGUGUAAAAUCUAUGCAACGAUUUACCUUGGAAAUGAGUUGGCUAACGAGAAGACAAAGGCGAAACUCGCGACAGUAGUGUCGAAGUAUCACCACAUUGUCAAUUUCUCGAUAUUUGGAGGGGGGUAUCUCGACUCUCCAAUGGGGACUCAAGACAUCAAACUCUUUGAUCUGAGCCAAGACGACUUCACUGCACUUCACACGUACUUUAAUUUGUCGUUUACUGACACACUUAAAAUGAGUUGUUUGAAACUUCUGAAGUCGCCAGUGGAUUUGAGAGCAGUCGAGUUCAACGAAUUUGUCAUUGACACUGACGACAAAAAGCGAGUGUUACUGCCGAAGGGUGUGAAGCGUGUUAUUGUCGAAAAGGAAAUGGAAAAUGUGUUUGAGAAUGUUCUGAUUGACAACUUUGAGGAAUUGCACGAACUUCAAAAGAUUGUGACGUAUGGCGACUUGAAAAUGCCUUUAAAAUAUGAGAGCAUAGAGACUGUUAAAAUGUGUCGAAAGGAGAGAGACAGAGAGAGUGAAGUGUGGUGGUAUCGAGAUAUAUUAAAGAUGGUUGGAUGGUAUAAUAUAUUCAGUCUACUUUUUAUAGUACUGUUUGCGCCCCAACUCACACUCUUUUUGAAGUUAGUGAAAUUCCAUAAUAUCGGCAAUAGUUUAUUCUUAUUAAUGAAUAACAUGUCUCUUGCUGUGAUGAAAGCAACUGCGGAGAAUAUCGACAUCAAAGAGUUCAUUUUAUUUGUGUUUUAUUCCCUCUUCUCAUUUGAAAUGACGUUCUUCAUCUUUGUGCAAGACUUCUACUCCCCAUCGACUCUCUUUCAAGUCGUCAUUUCUCUUGUGAGUGGAAUUACGUUGUCUAUUCUUCCAUUUUCAGAGGAAUUUAUGGUACUUGGAUACUCAAAUGAGUUACUCAGUAAAUUAGUACGAGCGAGGUGUCGUACAAUUAUGCUUCCAAAAUGUCUUGCAAGCACUUUUGUUGAAGUAUUUUUAAAUAUAAAAAGGUCUUCUCUAUGGCGUAAGGUGUUGCUUCUAACAAUUUUAAGUGCGUUCUUAGCUUUGGAGAUGAGUUACUGUUUCUUGGCUUUAUACCCACUUAGUGUCUUCCAUUAUAUCAACACAACACUUCUUGUUCUCCCACUCCUCCACAUAGUUGCGUCUUAA